CAUAUUCCUGUAAUUGCCCCCUAUAUUCAAUAACAGCCAUAUCUGCAUAAAGAAGCGCCCCAAAGCAACAUUAACUGCGUGUGAAACGCUCAGGGUUGCCAGAUCUGCGGGGCUAGCCUACUAAAAGCCUUUUAUUUUUUCUUUUCGGUGUGCGUGGUUGUUGAACCAACAGUUACCGACUGGAGCUCUGACUUAAUAAAUAAUUAAAGUGGACGGAGGGGAGCUGCAGCUGAUUUGCUGAUGUCAGGGAGCCAGUGCAGCAUUUCAUGGUGCAGGGUGUAAACGCGCGGUGCCAUCUGCCUCGAUCGGUGCUCUCAACGAACCUCACACAUGCGAGCCCGGCAAGAAAGAUGCUGCCAACUCUCAAGAUUUGGGCAUUGUUUUCCGUGUCGCUCGGUUUCCUGUCUCAACCGGGUCAUUUGAAGAAGGCUUUCCGAUGUCCUUCAACAUGCAGCUGCUCCAGGGAGUCUAUCAUUUGCGUCGGGUCCUCCUAUGUCCCAAGGAUUACCCCCAACGACAUCAAUUCUUUGAGUAUCGUCAAUGGGACUUUCUCAGAGGUCAAAGAGGCGAUGUUUGCUCACAUGCCAUCUCUCCAGCUACUGCUUUUGAAUUCCAAUUCUCUCACAACUGUAAGGGAUGAUGCAUUCUCAGGUCUUCCACAUCUGGAGUAUUUGUUCAUCGAGAGUAAUAAGAUAGAGACUGCAUCCAAAUAUGCCUUCAGAGGACUCAGGGACUUGACUCACUUGUCUUUGGCAAAUAACAACAUUAAAGCCUUGCCCAGGGACCUCUUCAUUGACUUGGACUCACUGAUAGAGCUGGACCUGCGAGGCAAUGCCUUUGAAUGUGACUGCCGUGCCAAGUGGCUGAUGACGUGGCUGAAGAACACCAAUGCCACGGUGUCGGAUGUCGUGUGUGCCGGACCGGAGGACAUGAAGGACAAGCGCCUCAAUGAUAUGACCAGCCUGCACAAUGAAUGCGUCUCAACGGAUUUCGUGCUGCAUCAGUCCGUGGCAUCUGAGUCUCUGUCUGUUGACACAUUCAGCUAUAAGAAUGAUGUCUAUGUGACUAUUGCUGCUCCCAGCACAGACAGCUGUAUGGUUUUACAGUGGGACCACAUAGAAAUGAACUUCAGAACUUAUGAUAACAUCACAGGUCAGUCCAUUGUGGGGUGCAAGUCAGUUGUCAUCCAGGACCAGGUGUUUGUCAUCGUGGCUCAGCUCUUUGGUGGUUCCCACAUCUACAAGUUUGACGAAGACCAAAGCAGGUUCAGCAAGUUCCAGGACAUUGAGGUGUCCAAGAUCUCCAAGCCGAAUGACAUUGAGGCAUUCCAGAUUGGUUCUGACUGGUUCUUUGUGAUAGCUGAUAGCUCAAAAGCGGGCCUGUCCACUCUCUACAAGUGGAACGAUAAGGGCUUUUAUUCAUACCAGUCGCUGCAUGAGUGGUACCGCGACACAGAUGCAGAGUUCUUGGACUUGGAUGGGAAGGCCCACCUUAUCUUAGCGAGCCGCUCACAGGUGCCUGUGAUCUACCAGUGGAGCCGGAGCAACCAGAAGUUUGUCUUGCAGGGCGAGAUCCCCAACAUGGAGGAUGUUGUAGCUGUAAAGCACUUUCGGAUCAAGGAGGAACUCUACUUGGCUAUGACACGCUAUAUUGGUGACUCAAAAGUUCUACGUUGGGGUGCCAAACAAUUUGCAGAGGUCCAGGCCUUGCCCUCACGAGGGUCCAUGAUUCUUCAGCCAUUCUUCUUCAAAGAACGUUACUACCUGGCCUUGGGAAGCGACUAUACCUUCUCUCAGAUCUAUCUGUGGGAUGAUGACAAGAAACUCUUUGACCGCUUCAAGGAGGUGUACAUCCAGGCCCCACGCUCCUUCACUGUGGUUUCCACUGACCGCAGGGACUUCAUCUUCACCUCUAGCUUCAAGGGAAACACACAGAUCUUUGAGCACAUUAUCAUUGACUUGAGCUUGUGAGGGGCUGUGCCUUAUUGCCCGUCCUGCAAUCGAACGUCUUCCACUAAAAAGAUACAUUUGUGAAGGGAAAAGGCUCAGAACAGACUUAAUGAACUGUUAAAUAUAAAUUCCUACAUAGUUUUCUGUCAGAAAUAGGCGCUGGGUCAAGUAGUUUUUGGAAUCCUUUUCCGUUUCUUAAGGUGUCUUGACCAUUACUCAAUGGCCUUGUCCUAUUAUCUGUUCUCAUGGCCUCUCAGACUUUCAGAGAUACCACCAUUUCACAAAGAGUGAGAGGGAGAGUCAAGAGGGUGGACAGUUGUACAAGGCAGCUGGUAAAUUCCCAAAAACUCCAGCUGACAUUCCAGAGGGUGGAAAUAUUUGAAUUAUAAUAUGAUCUAUUUGGAUGUAUAGAUUUUGGUUAAUAUCCCCUGUGCUAAUGGUUUUAUACCCCCCAAAAAAUAUAACAGGACUUUAGAGAAAGAUAAUUUUACUACUGAGGGUGUAACAGGUGUGGUUGCCACUUACCUCAUGUCCUCUUACCCUGUGGUAAUGUACAGUAUGUUGCCUUAUCAGCACUGGGGUUCUGUGUUCUGAUGGGUCCACAGUGCCGCCCUCUGGCCGUGAUAAAGUAUCACACCCCUUUGCUUUUUCCAUACAGGGAAUCUCUUGAAAGCACAAACCUUUAAUUGUCGUAGCUGAGACCCCAGCCCUUAGAGGUUAGUUGUUAAGUGGAAAUGUUGCUGUAGGUGCUAUAGAUUAUAUUGCGUACAGUAAAAAAGGAAGAAGUGUUUUGUUGUUUUAGGAGGUGAAAUAUUCAGGACUGGAUAUAGCUAAUGCCUUUUUAGACAAACACAUAUGAAUGGAAAAUCCCCAUUUACUCACCCUUUUAGUUCAGAGGAACUAUAAGUGGCAAAUCUCUUUUUAUCCAUUUAGUGGAAAGGACCUGUGUUAAGGCUAAACCUAUUAACAAUACACGUUUGAAAAAAUAACCACAGUUGGACUACUGACAUAACUUAACUUUACUUUUUAGGCUAUAACUAAAACAAGGCUCCUUACAGCAAAAGUCAGUGGACUCAUAUAAAUACAUUUAAUAAGAGGACAUUUGUUUGUCCAAAACCGAAGGAAACAAAAUGUUGAUGUAAAUAUAUCCACUCAAGUUGAGAGGCUUUUUCGGUCUGUCUUUCUGUUCUUUGAAAAUACUGAAUGUUGACUUACAAACUACAACAUGUACAUAAAACAAGGACUGCAAUGCCACUACCUGUUUGUCACACAACAGUCUGAACUGAUCUUUGCACUUACUUAAAAAAAAAAAGUUACUGCAGCUUGCAAGAGCAUGACAUUCAAAAAAAGGGUGUUUGCCAAAUUACUUUUAAUGAACCUAAUAAACUCAGAAGUCUAGAAGUGCUUCUACUCAUUAAGUGAAUGGUAUUGCAAUUAAAAAAAACAUAAUUGAAUAUGCAAGCUUUACAACAUGAAGAUUCUUUUGUAUGAUUAUGUUUUAAGCAUACUGAAUGUUACUCUCAAAAUAUACUGUAAAUUUAGUCAGUUGCGUAUCAAAAUAAACGUGUAAAAGUAUGAUUGUAAGAUGUGUUUUAUCAUUCAUUGAUCAUUAGGAUUAUGUCACUGUCAAUAUCAGGAACAGUUUUAUUUUCUCCCCUAAAAAUAAUUAAUUUCUUUGUUAUAGGGAAAACCAGCAAUAUUUAUUUUGCUGCCUUAACAACAGGCACUGGGAUCUUACAGCUGUAACAAUCAGUAUUUUUAUAUUGAUGUAAUGAGCACCAAACUGCAGACUUUUAUCAGUACCUAAAAUAUGAUGUCACCAUCAUCCAUGCUGUAAUUCAAGAUGAGGAUUCAUAUGAAGCCCCAGCUCACAGUUGAACACAGUGUUAGUCCACAAUGCAAAUGAGCACUGUAAAGGCUAUGCUGUCACAAAUGUAAAGGUCUACAGUCGGGCAACUGUACUGGCUUACCCAGAGCAGCUUCUUCACGCUGCAAGAUUCCUACAUUCACCGUCUGCACUCCACCAUAAAAAUAGUUUAUUUUUAUGACUUAUUACUUAUUUAUCUAUUUAUAUAAUUUUUGUUUUGUAAGUAGCAUAAAGGAACUCCAAAUCACCAACUGUGUUAUAGAAUUAUAAAUAAAUUAACCCUACGCUAUCAUCAUGCUUAUAUUAUUUACAUAUAAUGUAGUUCUAUAAUAUGUGUUCAUCCAAUAACGUUGCAGGCUCCAGUAUAAGACAGCUGAUACCCUGGCAACCCAGCAGACCUCAUAAUUUGUGUGUACUGCCUGAUUUUGUUACCCAAAAAACUGAGUUGUCUCUAUUCAGGGCGAAAAAGGUUUUUCGCCCUGAAUAGUGUCUGUAGGUAACCUUUAACAACAAAUGUGAUGCAUAAGGAUGUGAGUACAAGAUAACAACAGCCUAAAACCAUAAAUGUGAAGAGGGCAUGUCCUCCCCAGUCUCGUCCAGUCUGUAGCUGUAAAUGGGAGGACCAAGUGACAGAGAAAGGCAGAGUCAUAGUAAAAGAGUUUCAAAGAAAUGCACACAAACCAAAGCAUGCUGAAUUUGCAUACAUAUAAUUCAUACUACAGAGGACACCACACUUCAACAAUUUACCCUGAAGUAAAGACAUGAAUGUCAUCACACAGUUAGAAUUUGUCCCGCCAAAAGACACACAUCCUUUAAUACAGUGCAUAUUUGACAACAAACUCAAGAAGCUCAAAACAUUACUAAAGGACAACGAUAUCAAUCAACUUUACCCAUGCAGGAGGUUGAAGGACUAUGUAACUCCACUGACUGCUGCUGUUGUAAAUCACAAUAUGGAUAUUUGGACUUAUCUUUUGUGUCAGGGUGCCGAUCCAAACCAAGCUUCCCCAACUGGCUUAACACCUUUGCAUUAUGUCUCACUAUCCAAAGCACCUCUUGUCUUUGUGGUUAAACUGCUUGAAGCAAAAGCUAAUCCAGAUGUAUGGAGUCUACAGCGAGUCUCACCUCUGCAAACUGCUGCCAUCAACGACAGGGACGAUGUUGUGAAAGAGCUCAUCUCUGUUGGUGCAAUGGUAACAUUGUUACCUGUCACUGAUCCUAUACAUAUGACUCAAAAUAAAAAAAUCUCUCAGAUGAUUCAUAACCUUGCAUCAAAAGGAGAUGAAUUAUGCUGCAAAAUCAAAUAUUUCCUGGAUAUGGAAAUUGCUGUGCGAGGGGAGCCACCUGAAGAGGUGUUCAAAACAUUUGACAGUCACAUGCUGCAGGAGGAUACUCAGACCCAUCUGACCAUGAUUGAAAUGCUCUUUAAUCUUAAUGGGCCAGGUAGAGAAAAAUACAGAGAAGGGUGUAUUAAAUGGCUGAAGAACACUGAAAAUGUGAACACCUACAUUGCAGGAGCAGUCAGUCGCCUUCCAAACAUCCCUGCGAUACAUGUAAAGAGGGCCAUUGAUAGUUUACAUGCAGUUAUCUGCACAAUAGAAGACAUACCAAAUGAGCAAGCUCUAGCUAUAAUCCCCCAACUACUGGGCCGGCUUUGCUCAGAAGAGAAACCUGAUAUUUGGGAAGCUGUUCUGCAAACACUGUAUGUGAUAACACAGAAAUCAAAAGACACAGAUGGCUGGGAUCCCAACUUUGUUGAGAAGUUGUGCAAAACAGUGGCUCCUUUUGUAAAGGACCGACACUCUUCUGACAUUAGAGUCUUCACAUACAGUGUAUUAGCAAACUUACUUCCAAAUAACCAUGCGGUUGACACCUUUACAUCAGUGGGGAUAAGUUCAGUGCCCGAGGAAAUACUGACAUUUGCAGAUAUGAAAAUGAAUGACAAGCUGAAAGUAGUCCUCAGACGACUGAAAAAUCAUUUCAGCUCACCGAAGUCGGAAUGUGAGGACAGUACAGCCUUACCUGGAUCCAAGAAGAAGAAGAAAAAGAAGAAGAAAAAGAAGGAUAAGUCAGAAAAGCAAGAAGACACAAAUGAUGGUCAAGUUCCAACAGCAACUCAUGUAACAUCAGCUCCUAUUGUGGAGUCAACUUCAAAUGUUAAGCCAUUCAACAACACCACCACUGUGUCAUCAAAAACACACAAAUGGCUAGAGAUCAGCAAGAGGUGGAGAGAAAAAUUAGAGAAGCUUCUGAGCACUGAUGAUAGUAAAGUAUCCAGAAUUGGGAGUAUGAUUUAUGUGAAUGAUGCAGAAUUCCGCAUUGCAAAGGGCAGUGAUGGUACUGAGGUCUUUCUGGGGCUGAGAGAUGAUGGCACUGAGGUUGCUAUUAAGAGAAUGUCUAAAUGCAACUAUCAAGUGCUGAAGAAUGAGGAAGGAAUUCUACGACUUCCAGAGCUUGAUCAUCCAUCCAUUGUACGAUAUGUUGAUGCUGCGGAGGAUGAGAACUUCGGAUAUCUUGGUCUUCAACUUUGUGAAUACACCCUGGAAGAAUACAUCAGAAAUAAUGAUGGUGGUCUGCUGAUAAAGAAACUUGUCUAUCAGGUUCUCGACAGUUUAAGGGUGCUUCAUUGUCAAAAUCCUCUAAUUCUCCACCGAGAUCUCAAACCACAGAAUGUUUUGAUCGAUGUUAAUGGGAAGGCAAGAUUAGCUGAUUUUGGCAUAAGUAGACGCUUACUCAAAGGCCAAACAACUUAUCGCACUGGCAGCGCAGGAACAAAAUGCUGGAUGGCCAAGGAGACAUUAGCAGAAGAAGAAGCUGACAUACCAUUCAAGCCAAACACUGAUGUCCAGGUGGCAGGGAUGCUCUGUUAUUAUAUCCUCUCUGGAGGACACCAUCCUUUUGGCGACAAGUCCUAUAAAUGUGAAAGCAACAUUCAUGAAGGGAAGUACAGUUUGGACCAUGUUCAAGAUGUGGUAGCAAAGGAUCUCAUUGAGUGGAUGAUCAAUGCAGAACCAAAGAACAGACCUAAAGUGGAAGAAUGCUUGAGUCAUCCCUUCUUCUGGACCACUGAAAGGGGAGUUGAAUACUUGAGAAGGAUUGGCAACAGGGAGGAGGCCGCAAACUGUCGAAAGGCUGACCCAGAACUGAUCUGUUCAUUAGAAAAAUGUGCUGGGGAUGGAUCCUUCAAACAGUGGAAAAAUAAGUUUCCUCCAGAGUUGGUCCAGAAGAUGGAUGCCAAGAACAAAGCCUAUCCUGACAACAUACUGGGAUUACUGCGCUUCAUACGAAACCUGCAUGAGCACUAUGCCAAAGAUGCAGCCCAAGUUGAUGUGAUGGCAUUAUUUCCUGAUCUCUUUGGAUGUGUUUACAAAUUUGCCAAGACCCACGGGUGGAAUUCAGAGACCCCCUUGAGGGAAAUGUUUCAAAGAGAAGAUUUAAGCAGCAGCAUAACUGUGCCAUCCACAAACCUUGAGGAGCACCUGGUUGUCCCAGUUCAAGAAUCUCAACCCACUGACUUUAGAGGGAAGUUGACUUAAAACAGGAUUAAGGAAGUCACUCUUUCUCCCACAUUGUCAGACCUUUUCAUAAAAGGAAAAGCACAGGUGUUUCUAAUAACAUUAACAAUGCCAGAGUGACAGUGAGCCAGCGUGCACAAUGCGAGAAACCCUGAAACUGAAGCAGCUGAAUGGAAUUCAACUAUCACCGAUUUUAUUAUUUCCACCUAUUAUUUAUUGGCAUAUGUAUUGUACAUAGAGACUAUUUUCCAAAUGUUGACAGUAACAGUAAAUAGAUUAUAAGGUACUGUAGUACAAUUUUAAGGGACUUUCGCUUCACUGUGGAAUGUGUGUGACUUUAUACUUUUACUUUACAUUAUCCUCAUAUGGAACUGUUUUACUUUUAUUUUGCAACAUUUAUCUGAUGGUUGUAUUUGCUGGUUACUUUAGAAUUUGUUUAGCUUUUACCGCUGAUAUAGUUAUAAACUGAUAUAGUAAAACAUUUUUGAUCAUUGCAUAAUUUAAAAUUUGUGAUUAUCCCGUAUGCCUUACAGGGGACAUUUUGGGUUUGUUAAUGCAUAUGUCAUAAGCUCUGGCAAGAUGAUUAUUAUUAUUAUUAUUAUUAUUAUUUUAUUUUAUUUUUUGGGAAUUUAAUAUCAGACCCUAUAUUAGGUCUGUCUAAAUGUAAAUACGCUUUAAAACUCCAUUUAUCAUACGUUGAACAACAAUGUCCGCAUUUAAACCCACUAAAACACCACAUUUUUGAUCCCAGGACCAUAGCAGCAUAAAAUAAUGCUCCCUGCUGUAUCAGCCUUUCAUUCUAGAGCAAGCCCAAUAUUUUUUUUCAGUCUUACUAUUUUCCACCAGAUUGAGCCAUUGUAUAGGGUUUGCCUUAUGGGGAAAAUACAUUUAAUUUCCCUGGUUUCCACUAGGCACACUAUUGCCUAUGUUAGUAAGCAGUGAAGCAGAUUUUUGCAUCAGAAAUGGUGUUUGUGUGUUGAUAUGGACGUCAGAAAAAUGUUAGUGUUUGUGUGCAGGCAUAGAAAUUAUAUUGUAGUGCAGGUCAUAUUUUGCCUUCUCUCUGUCUCUCUCCCUGUCUCUUUUUCAUGUUGCGUUCCCACCAAUGGCGAAGCGAGUAUUCCCCUCGCAUUACUUGUGGGAUCGCUUGAUUACUCUGCGUAUAGUCGGCUUAUAUUCUGGUUUACAUUUGUGGUAUGAGAGCCUAAAAUGUUUGCUGUGAUUUGAAGUCAAUAAACGGAUCUAAAGGAUGCUGAAAUAACUACGUCAUGAUGACAAUUUGUAAAGAAUCUGAAUUCAUACUUUGUCAGGUUUUUCCUCAGAACGACGAGCAAACAACUUUUAAAAUGCCUGUUCUAAAGUAAAAAAAAACAUAAUUGAAUAUGCAAGCUUUACAACAUGAAGAUUCUUUUAUAUGAUUAUGUUUUAAGCAUACUGAAUAUUACUCAAAAUAUACUGUAAUUGUAGUCAGUUGCAUAUCAAAAUAAGUUAUUAAGAUAACACCUUCUCACCAAUGUUUCACUGACUGAAGGAUCAACAAUAUUUUUCAGCUUCCCCUUUUGAAAUCAGCCCCUAGUCUUUACCACCAUAAUACACACAAUACUAUUUUAUACGCUAUCAUGUGUCUAUAUUAAUUACAUAUUAUUUAGUUAUAUAAUAUGUGUUCAUCUAAUUAAGUUGCAGGCUGUGACAGGAGACUUUGGCCAAUCGCAGGUCUGUAAGACUGUUGAUUGUUGAGGCUCAUUCUCAGGUCAUCUAAUCCCAACCGACCUAGGAAUGAGGCCCUCCAGAAUCACUUACUGCACCUUUAAGAUAACACCUCCUCCCUUUCCUUCACUGAUGUUUCACUGAGUUGGCUAAGCUCCAAAAGCUUAACAACAUUCCUCAUCUUUCCCCUUGUGAAAUCAAACCUCAUACUUAACCACCAUAAUGCACACAAUACUACUUUAUUUAUUAUCAUCUGCAGGUGCAGGUCUACAUGCUCCAGUUAAAAACAGCUAAUGCCCUGGCAACUGAGCUGGCUUCAAGUUUACUUCCUGUUAACAGCAUUUCUGUGUGUCAUCUGUCAAGUACAGGAAAGGGCGUGCUUUGGUUUCCGAAGUUUGUGUGUGUGUGCGUUUGUGGCUGUGUGGGGGAGGGGUGCUUAUAAUAAUGAACAAAUAGAUAUGCAAACCUCUGUCUUGUUAAUGUGCAAACCUUACUUAUUGGCUUCCUUAAUAAACAGGCCUAUUUCAUCCUAUCUGAUAGAUAACUUGGAAUUGUUGGGGCUUUGUGAGUUAUCUUGUCAUUGACUGGUGUUAAAUUCUGGCUUCAAUAAGGGGAAUAUUAACUAUGAAUGAAAAUAUAGAUUAAAUGUUGUAGCCUAAAGGUUAGAGAUGCGAGUGUGUGACCAGCUCAGUGGCCAGCAGAUCAGGUUGUGAUUGUACUGGAUAGCUUCUAGGUAUGCAUGUGUGACAGUGUGAAUGUGAUUAGAGUUUCUGCAAAAGAGAGGCAUUCUCUCAGUGAACCUUUCCUGAAUAAAUAAAGGUAAAAAAAAAAAAACAUCAGUAAGGUAGGCCAGCCUGUAUGUAACCUGAUACUCUAUUUUUUGCUCUUUACGUUUAAGGCUGUGAGAGGACAGUAAUAACUAAAGACACUCAAAUGAGCUCAUCAAUAUUGUUAUCAACUCAGAUUUAGACUAUGGCUGGACAUUCAGAACAAUAUUCAUAGAAACCAAACUAAAUCAAUAAAAGUGAAAUGAGCAUGUCCUCCCAUUCCUUAUGAAAAACCCAACCCCAAUCGGUCUUUUGAGUCUUCUCUAGUCUAUAGUGUAGGAGGAGCAAGUGACAGAGAAGCAGGAGAGAAAGAGUAUCAGAUUGACAGGCAGAAAUACAGAACAAUCACAGCAUGUUGAGUUUUGAUAGAUAUAAUUCAUGCAACAGUGGAAACCUUUCUUCAACACUAUACCCUGAAGCAAAGAAAUGAAUAUCUCCAGAGUGACAGCUCCACCAAGAGAAACACAUCCUCUCAUAAAGUGUAUAGUUGACAACAACUUCGAGACAUUCAUAAAAUUACUGAAUUACAAAAACAUUAAUGGACUUUACCCAUGCAAAGAGUGGAAUGACAAUAUUACCCCACUGAUUGCGGCUGUUUUAUAUAACAACUGGAAUAUUUUUAUUUACCUUUUGCAUCAGGGUGCAGAUCAAAACAAUGCUUCCCAAAAUGACUUAACACCUUUGCAUUAUGUCUCACUAUCCAACGCACCACUUUUCUUUGUUGUUAAACUGCUUGAAGCAAAAGCUAAUCCAGAUGGAUGGAAUGCUAUUGGACUACAGCGGUUCACACCUCUGCAAACUGCUGCCAUCCAUGACAGGGACGAUGUCAUGAAAGAGCUCAUCUCUGCUGGUGCACUGGUAACAUUGUUACCAAUCACUGAUACUGAACAUAUGAUUCACAAUAAAAAAAUAUCUUGGAUGAUUCAUAACCUUGCAUCGAAAGGAGAUGAAUUAUGCACCAAAGUCAAAUAUUUCCUGGAUAUGGAAAUUGCUCUACAAGAGAAACCAUCUGAAGAAAUGUUCAAGACCUUUGAUCCUCACAUGCUGCAGGAGCAUCCUCAGAACUAUUUGACCAUAAUUGAAACACUUUUUAAUGUAACUGGGCCAGAUGCAGACACAUUCCGCAGGAGAAGUAUUAAAUGGCUGAAGAACACUGAAAAUGUGAACACCUACAUUGCAGGGGCAGUCAGUCGCCUUCAAAACAUCCCUGCAAUACAUGUAAAGAAGGCCACUGAUAGUUUACAUGCAGUUAUCUGCACAAUAGAAGACAUACCAAAUGAGCAAGCUCUAGCUUUAACCGCCCAACUACUGGACUGGCUUUGCUCAAAAGUGAGGCCUGAUAUAUGGGAAGCUGUUCUACAAACACUGUAUGUGAUAACACAGAAAUCAAAAGACACAGAUGGCUGGGAUCCCAACUUUGUUGAGAAGUUGUGCAAAACAGUUGCUCCUUUUGUAAAGGACCGACAUUCUUCUGACAUUAGAGUCUUCACAUACGGCGUAUUAGCAAACUUACUUUCAAAUAACCAUGCGAUUGACACCUUUACAUCAGUGGGGAUAAGUUCAGUGCCCGAGGACAUACUGACAUCUGCAGAUAUGAAAAUGAAUGACAAGCUGAAAGUAGUCCUCAGACGACUAAAAAAUCAUUUCAGCUCACUAAAGUCGGAAUGUGAGGACAGUACAGCCUUACCUGGAUCCAAGAAAAAGAAGGAAAAGUCAGAAAAGCUAGAAGACACAAAAGUUUUCACUAUUGCAACUGAUCUUACAUCAGCUAUUGUGGAGUCAACUUCAAAUGUUAAGCCAUUCUACUUCAACACCACGAUGUCAUCAAAAACACACAAAAGGCUACAAAUCAGCAAGAGGUGGAGAGAGAAAUUUGAGAAAUUAGAGAAACUUCUGAGCACUGAUCAAAGGAAGGUAACCAAAAUUUGGAGCAUGAUUUAUGUGAAUGAUGCAGAAUUCCGCAUUGCAAAGGGCAGUGAUGGUACUGAGGUCUUUCUGGGGCUGAAAGAUGAUGGCACUGAGGUUGCUAUUAAGAGAAUGACUAAAUUCAACUAUCAGGAGCUGAAGAAUGAGGAAGGGUUUCUACGACUUCCAGAGCUUGAUCAUCCAUCCAUUGUACGAUAUGUUGACUUUGCAGAAGAUGAUAACUUUGGAUAUCUCGGUCUUCAACUUUGUGAAUACACCCUGGAAGAAUACAUCAGAAAUAAUGAUGGUGGUCUGAUGAUAAAGAAACUUGUCUAUCAGGUUCUCAAGAGUUUGAGGGUGCUUCAUUGUCAAAAUCCUCCAAUUCUCCACCGAGAUCUCAAACCACAGAAUGUUUUGAUCGAUGUUAAUGGGAGGGCAAGAUUAGCUGAUUUUGGUAUAAGUAGACGGUUACCCAGGGGACAAACAACCUAUCGCACAGGCAAGGCAGGAACAAAAUGCUGGAUGGCCAAAGAGACAUUGGCAGAAGAAGAAGCUGACAUACCAUACAAGCCAAACACUGAUGUACAGGUGGCAGGGAUGCUCAGUUAUUAUAUCCUCUCUGGAGGACACCAUCCUUUUGGCGACAAACCCUUUGAAUGUGAGUACCACAUUCACAAAGGGAAGUACAGUUUGGACCAUGUUCAAGAUGUGGUGGCAAAGGAUCUCAUCGAGUGGAUGAUCGAUACAGAACCAAAGAACAGACCUAAAGUGGAAGAAUGCUUGAGUCAUCCCUUCUUCUGGACCACUGAAAAACGAGCUGAAUACCUGAGAAAGAUUGGCAACAGGGAGGAGGUGGCAAAGUAUCGAAAUGCUGAGCAGGAGCUGAUCUGUUCACUGGAAAAAUGUGCUGGGGAUGAAUCCUUCAAACAGUGGAAAAAUAAGUUUCCACCAGAGUUGGUCCAGAAGAUGGAUGGCAAUAAAAAAGCCUACCCUGAGAACACACUGGGAUUACUGCGCUUCAUACGAAACCUGCAUGAGCACUAUGCCAAGGAUGCAGCCCAAGUUGACGUGAUGACGAUAUUUCCUGCUCUCUUUGGAUGUGUUUACAAGUUUGCCAAGACCCAAGGAUGGAAUUUAGAGACCCCGUUGAAGGAAAUGUUUCAAAGAUCACCACAAGCUUUGUGAUGUUGUCCAUGAGCCUCUCUUAAGUGAAGUUGACUUUUAAAACAUAGGUCAUCGUUUGGAACCCUUUUAGCUUCUUUGUUCUAUUGCUCUACCUGUCUUAAUGGCUUUUUAUGUCAUUGAGAGGUACAACCAUUUCAGAAAUAAAGAGACAACUGAGUGAGUGGCAGUCGAGAAAGUUCGUACAAUUGUAAAGCAACUAGAGGAGAGAAGUCACAGAGUGCAGUAAUGUCUUAGUGUCUUCCUUCAUUCCUGACACAGAUUUCCUUUCUUAUUACAUUAAAUGUGUAUUUAUUAUUGUUUGCAUGUUUUAGACGUUGAAAUAGAUGAGUAAUUAAGAAAAAAAAUAUAUAAAUGAAAUAAUGUAAUUUUAUGGUGUUUAACCUAUUAAGAUGACUUCACAUAUUGUAAAAUGUAUGUUUUUAGAAAUAGAUUCUUGUCUUAUAAAUAAAUAUCAAUCAAAUCUUGUUUA